AAGAAAAAUGUUUGUUGUACUUUAAAAUAUCUUACAGUAACCGUGAAGAACGCGAGAUUUCCUUUCGCGUUCUUCUCGCCCCCAGGAUCUCGCGCGGCCGUUCUUCUCGCCCCAGGAUUUCGCGCGGUCAUUUUUUUUCUCGCGGUUUUCUUUCGCGUCACGCACGACGGACUAAGCGAAAGAGGGACUACUCGUAGUCUACGCCCAAGGGAUUGUAAUUAUUUGCUAAAACAAAUCGAGUCGCUAGUUUAAUCAAAGAUGAUAUCAAGGUAAGCGAAACCACCAAAGUUUCAAAUCUCUACGGAUCCCUAUUUAUAGCCGUGUCAAAUUAACCGUCGCUUCGAUUGAGUAACCGUACAUGUCGGCGGGAUGUGUGUCAGUAAGACGCGGACUCGAGGUCGGGGUCGGGGUAGGGGCCGGGGUCUCAUUUUUUACAUUUUUUUUUUCCUUCUCUCUUUAAGUUUCUCUUUUAACGUCUUUUUUUUUUUUCUUUAUUUUUUAAUGUUAACUCCGAUUUCUCGCGAUUUGUAUCAGCAGUGCAUUAUUGCUAUAUCUUUGCAUAUAAAGAAAAUUAAAUGCAGUGGAGCUCAUUUGUUAGGUACAUCACCGCAAACAACCCUCGUCACAUUUCAGUCAAAACAGUCAAAUAGAGAACAUGCACACAUUUCUUUCCUUUAAGGGAUCCACUAUUGAAGCCUAUAAAAGUAAGUCUCGAAAGCUUAGUAUAGAUGGUUUUCACGUGACGUCAAAACGUUCUGAGAUUCAAAACUAAACAGCCACCAGAGGCUCUAUCCUCAUCAGGCAUAAGAGGUGCAAAACAUAUAUUGUUGACAACGUUUCAGCUCAAUAGCGUCCUUCGUUUGGAAACCAGUGGAUUUUGAACUUCAGGUUUACGGCAGUGCGUGACAUAGGGCUACAAUCGCGUUCGUCGAUAAAUAUAUACUUACUCCGUGAUUUUUAGCCAUUUGUGAAGUAAAGGUAUCAGGAAAAGAUUUUAUGUGAAUGUAUGUUUUUGCGGUAAAUAUAGUCAGUGGCCUAGAUAACCAAAGUAAGUUUCAGAUGGUUACACUAUUUUCCGGCCGCCAUAUUGAUGUACUACAGAGCUUCGCUAACAUGGCGGCUCCAUACUGAGAAGUAAAUUUGUGCGACACUUAUUGACAAAUUUCUGAAGUUUGGGAAAACGCACCGACCUAAAACUUGUAGAAGUUUUUUCUUUUAUUUAUUUUUUAUAAGAUCGCAUUUUCUUGACUUCAUCCACCAAAUGGUUUUUGAUUUAUUUUUUCCAUUGCGCAACAGUCAAAACAAUCUAUAGCAACCUCGUUCCCAGGGUCUCAUGGAAGGCGGUGUAGGUGUUUAUGAUAAGUUUUGCUUUAUCCUAGUUCACGAAUUUGUUAGUUCAAGGCAAACAAAUCUGUUUUUCCUCGCUUCGUUUCUUGCGAGAGUAUGACCUAGUCAAUUCACGGAACUACCAGAAUGAGCAGCAUCGAGUGUACAUACUAAGAUUUCGAGACGAAUUAUUUUUAGAGGCUUUUAAAAAUCCUUAUUUAACCUAAUGAUGGAUCUCUUAAUUUUCCACUAACUCGACUAACUCAUGGCCUUUUUUUGCAGAAAUCAGCGCGCUGAACUAGAAAAUAAAUUUGUGCCGCUUCUAUAUUCGACUGUCUUGACUGAAAUGUGACGCGGAUUGCUUGAGAUGAUGUGAAAAAAUGAGCUCCACCGCAUCUUGUUCUCUUCAUAUGCGAAAAUAUUGCAAUGAUGCACUGCUGAUGUAAAUCGCGAGAAAUCGGAAUUUGGGAUGAAAAAGAAAAGGAAAGAAAGAAGACCUUGGAAAACAAAAUUAAAGAAAGAAAAAAGAAAGAAAAUUAUAAAAAAGAGACCCGACCCCGACCCCGGCCCCGAGACCGCGUUUUACUGACACCCCAAAGUUUAAAUCUUUUCCCUAUUUAUAGCCGUGUCAAAUUAACCGUCGCUUCGCUUGAGUAACCGCACAUGUCGGCGGGAUUCUUGUUUUCCAAAAUCCCGCAAACUAGGUACUGGAUGUGGUUCUCAAUACAAAAGGAUAGCUAUUAUUUAGACUUUCAGUAACAUAUAAAGACAGAGGGUGUAUCUUGGGCCAAAGCGAAAACCAAAAACUAAAUUUAGAGAUCCGUGACCGAUGCAAUACAUCGGUUUUCUGUGGUUUCUGUGGUUGAAGAUCUCGCUCGUGAUUGGUUAUAACACAAUAAACAUUCCAGACAUACUUUAGGUGUUAAUGAUUUUCUGAGUUUGACAGCAUUGUCAGUAUUGAAAUCAACCGUGAAAAGCUAAAAAUGUGCAUCGCAUGUCAUGACAAAGCGGACGCGGACGCGCACGACAUGUUGACCUAGUUUGAGAGUUAAGCGGUCAGGAGAAGAGGUCACCAAGCAGAAAGAGAAGGGAAUAUCUGACUCUCAGGGUACCUUUGCUUAUUAACCCCCGAGUCUAUACAUCAUGACUUCACUAACCACUAACACUGCUGCAGAGGGAUACAAGGAAAGCUCUCUUCCCGUACAAAACGAGUCCGGCAAAACGUUCAUACGAGUGAACGUGAACCCUCAGCCCGGAGACACCAUCUUGGAUUUAGGCUGCGGUACAGGAGGGCUGUCUGCAUACCUGGCCGAACUCGUCGGACCCAAGGGAAAAGUUGUGGGUGUUGAUCCUGACAAGGAGCGACUUCAACUAGCUCGGCAAUCUUACGGUGACAUAAAGAACCUCUCCUUCAUCGAAGGAAGCUCUUCGCAGUUCCCAGGUAUUAGAUCAGAGAUGUACGACAUUGUCUUUAGCAACUAUGUAAUUCAGUGGAUUCCUGACAAAGAUAACGCGUUCCAGAACAUGUAUACAAGCCUUAAAUCCGGCGGCAAAGUGGCAGCGCAGUAUGUCAGCUAUCUUUACCCAUUCAUGCUGAACGCCUUUCAGGAGCUAAAUCCAGAGAAGGCAGCGCAAAUAAUCGGCAUGUUCAACUUUGAAGAGAGGGCAAAAAUCGAGCAGUACUGCUCUGCCGCCGGAUUCCAUAUAAUCAACAGCUACGACACUGAAAGUGCACAGUUUGUGUUUGAAAGCACUGACGGGUUUCUUAAGUGGCUUUGGUCAACUACGAACGGUUUGUUUGAUCCUAAGCUGGUAACCGAAGAACGCUUGCAGAGAUAUCAUCCGUAUUCAAGCCCGACAGGUGGAAAACCACUGGAUUUCCGCGGAAUCAAGGAGGAAACGACUGUGUGUCGACUGCUGGCAGUGAAAAAAGUCUAUUAGAACAGUAAAUUUGUUAUCAGACUUUAGUUGUUUGAACUGUCAAUUGCCAUACCUCUGACCAGUGGACUAUUUUUGACGAUGUCAUGCAAUUUCAGGGGUUUCAUUAAGAGCCGGGCACCGCGCAAAUUGACCCGCGGCUGUGAGGAUGAUUUUGCCCGCCUGAUUUGACAAUCUUGGGAACUCAAAGUUUUUCUUUGAAAGAAGUUCAGUUCGAAGAGGUUUUGCCCGCCUGUGAGAACCAGUUACCCUCCUACUGAAAAUGUUACUGAAAUCCCUGUGCAACAUUAACAAUGUUUCGCAUUUUUCAUAGAAAACAGAAAUUCAACUCCAUCGAUUGAUUUAGUGUGCCAAUAUAGUAACCCUGCGCAGUUUUAUAAGAAACCAUUUUUAACUCAUGGAAGUAUGUGACCCCAAACGCGCCAAUUUCUACAAAGAAAUGUAUGCCUGGGGGCAAUAUUAACGAAAGGCUUGCUUAAGGCUGCUGAUUAGAGACAAAGGUUAACAGAAAACCAACCAACGCCGAUGAUCGCAUUUUACAUUGCCGUAGCCUGGGGAGCAGGUCGUCGUAGCCGCGAGCGCGAAAUCGAGCAGCAAAGCCGCGAGACGAGACUCCUCACCGCAGGAUCGCUUUGCUCUUUGCCGCUCGCGCAUGUAACAUUUCCCAAGUCAUGUAGACAGCAGAUAACAGAAAUCACUUCUGCAUACCAUGUUGAACCAGGCCUGCCGGCUCUCGCCCACUUGACAAUAUUUUUCUGAGGAAUGCGAACAGUUUAAAACAAUAUAUGUAUUCAAGACUUAAUUAUCAAGCGAACUUUGAACUAAACCGUAACUCGUUUCACUACCUCACAGGCCUCUGACACACACAGGUUACCAUAACGACAACCAUAGCCUGCGUGAAUGGCCGGAUUUUGCGCGAGUGCUUUCGUUUUGGUGGCGAAGUCAUUGAUGCGUGAACGCGAGUGGCGAAGCCCGCGAGAGAACAAAAUGGCGGCUCCGCCACCAAAAAAAACACUUCUUAACGAAUCCCGGACAAUCCCGAAAACCCCCUCACGAAGACUCCACACGUAUCAAACAGAAGUCCGCGGAUGUUGCACAAUGUCAACUUAAAGACUUAAAAAGCAAAAUCGAUAAGGGAAUCCAACCAGUCUUUAUCCUCGGGAAAAGCAGGAAAAUCCUACAAGAAGUUAAGAUGCAAAACUGAGCCAAAACCAGCCAUUCUAAAUGACCUGCGUCAUGCAGGUCAUGUCGUCAACACCUCCACAAACAAGUUGAAGAACAAAAGAGAUCGGAGAGCAGAAGAGAUCUUUCCGUGCAAAGCUUUCCACAUAGGAUUACUUGCUCCCAAUUUUUAUACCCAUAAUUACAUUCACAAAUUCUUCACCGCAUUUUUCCACGCUAGAACUUGAUACUGUAACUGCGAAACGUUGUUCCCUAAUGAUUUCGCUAGUUACAUAAAUUCGUAUGAAAUGAAGCAGAAUCGGUGUCCGAAAACUAAUGAAUGAUACAUUUGCGAAUCAAAAGUGUGCAAGUAAUUUGCCGGUGAAAACCGCUUCAAAAGAUUUGAAACAUAAAUAUAAAAAAAAAAAAACUUAAAAAAAGUUAGUUAACAGUAGCAAAAAAAAAAAAGCAAAUAAAACAAUCAAAGACUCUUUACGCCAACUCGUGAUAGUUGACACGGACAUGCCGAUAAUUAUAAUACAUAUGACAAGGGUGGUCAAAAGGUUUUGAGGAGUUUGUAUGUUGCGUGGCACAGUACUUCUAUGAUAUGAAUUUCCUCCAAAAUUUUCUCGCAAAAACCUUCACUUGCCCAUCGUGUGAGCCGAGGACAGAAACCAUUAACCUGCAAAAGCCCUAGGUUAUGGCACAUGACUUCCUUUGCAUGCUGCUGAGGGCAACACACCCCUGAUUUUCUUCAACUACCAUAUUUUCUCCCUUCCUAGCUUCGUGAUUGGCAAGUUAAAGAUUUAGUCUGGCACGCAAACACAACAGAGAAACAG